AUGGGGAAGGUCUCUAAUCGCCUUGCCGUAGAGCGCCGUCUGGAGCGCAGACGUUCUGAGGAGCAGCAAAACAAGGCCUUAGCUGAGGUCGAGGCUGAACGGAUUAAGAUGAUCAAUCUUGCACGUAGUGAUGCUCGGGUUGAGGCACUUAGACGGCAAAAAGCGGCGAAGGCAGACAUUGGAGAGCUUUCCAGGGACUUGGAAUUUACUUUUGCGGAGCAGCGAGCUCAACAGAGUAUCAAGGAGAGGCAGCUUCACCAGAGAAUCACUGAUACUUUAGACAACCAGUUGCAACGCGAGGAAGCAGCAUCUCUAGAAAGGCAGAAGAUCUGCGAGGAAAGCGAAGAGAUUCGCAAGCUGAAGGAGCAGCUGGCAACCGCUAGAGUCAAUCGCGAAAGAGCCGCUCAGCUUCUUGAACGGCAGCUUAGAGAGGCCGAUGCCGCCUUCGAGGAUGCAAGGAUUGAACUUGCUAUGGAGGAGAAAAGAUUGGCAGAGUGCGAGAAUGCGCGUCGCCAAGAAUUGGAUCGCAACUUGCAAAUGCGGCAAGUUGGUCUGGAUCUCGCAGCACAGAUAGAGCAAAGAGAACGUGCAAAACAGCAAGAAACAGCGGAGAAAUAUGCAAUUGAAAAGGAACAGGUAGGAGCAGUCGUUGCACGGCUGCUUGAAGAAAUGGAAAAUGAACAGAGGCAAUCGAUGGAGCGCCGACGGCUUCACGCAGAAAUGGUUGCGGAAGCAACCAAAGAAAGAGCACGGCAGAAGCAGGUCAUACUCGAAAACAAGAUCAAGGAGGAGAAGGAAAUCAGGGAGUAUCUCGAAAUGCAGCAGAAACGGGCUGACGACUUGGCGAAGGAGAAAGAGUUAAUACGUAGAGAAAAGGCGAGAGUCCUAGAUGAACUCCUGCAGCAGCAAAUACGAAAGCAGCAAGAAGAGACGGACUACGCCCAGUUGAUAGCUGAUUUGUACGAGUUCGAGCGCGAGGAACAGGAGCGGCUGAAGGAAGAGGCUCAGAAACAAAAGCGGCAACAAGAAAAGGCUGCCCUCGCAAGCGCAUUCAAGGAGCAGAUGGAAGAGAAAGAAAGGAGGCGGCAACAACAAUUAGCUGAGGAGGGACAAUUCCGGCAAGAGCUUUACGCAAAGUUUGCUAGAGAAGCAAAGCUUGAACAGAUGACUCGGCAGAGGCGCAAACUCGCUAUCUUGGAACACAACAGAGAGGUAGAAGCGAUUAUACAGGAACGCCGCCGUCAGCAGAUUGUAGAACGUGAGCGAGACAAGGAAGAAUGCCGCAAGCUCCUCGAGCUGGAGGCAGAGAAACAAACAAUUAUUCAGCAAGAAAGAGAAAGACUGCUGCGCGAGAACGCAGAGCUUGCUGAUUUUCUGCCCAAAAACACGCUUCAUGACAGACGAGAACACAAUCUUCUUAAAAACGCGAAGCUGCAGCUUGCUAACAUCCACCUGAAUCCAUUGGCACCCCUUCCUCGAACUCUCCGUACCCUCCCUGCGGGGGACUCCACCAAAAUACAUGGCUAG